AUGUGGUUAGUUGCGAAAAACAGUUCCCUGCUGUCGCCUGAUCUGACGCUGAUCAUUUUACAUAUUGCCUUAAGAAAUUUAAGGGUGUUGGGGUCCAUCGGGCCGAGAACCUCGAUACAUAUUGGCAAGAAUUCCAUCGAGUGGAGGACGUUCCCAUAUUUUUUCAUUUUCUCGUCCGCUGCCCUGGCCGCGGCCAAACCGCAUUUUUUACUUGUCAGGUUUACGUAUCGUUCGGCGAGGGUGCCAGGGACCGUAACAUCCCACGCCAAACAUCUGCCGGCUCUCCAAGGUAUUAGUGUGCAUCCGUCCGGGCGCCUACCAUCAUGCGCAGAAAUGCCGGAUGGUUUCUUGAGAACCGGGAUUGAAGCCUUGGAGAAGAGCCGACAAAUGGCGGUGCGCAGGGCUCCGUCAAAUUCGCCCAAUUUAGAAGGGUCAAUGUGUUUGGAUGUACGCAGGAAAUACAUCAAUUUGGGCAAACUGAGGAUAACUACAAAGACAUUAACACAACAUCAAUGCAUUAACAAUGUGCUUAACUAUAACUAUAUUAACUUAAAACAAAAAAUCACAACAUCAUCUGCCAACAACAUCAACAUGAUCGUGACAUUAUCAACAACAUCACUGACAUCGCCGUAA